UACGUCAAAAUGGCCUUUUGAUCGUAUAUACAUUAAAAGCAAAAAAAAAGUGCGCGGAAGGUCAACAAGGUGUUGGUGCCGGUUAAUUUUAGUAUUGAAGUUUCUGUAAUUUAUAAAACUAGUCAAUGUCGGUAAUCAGUCCGGAAUAAAUAGAAUCGAUACGUUUUUAUACAAUUUUUUAAAUGUGUUAAAGUGAAAUUUCAAAAUUAUUAUUAGUGUUGCAGUGUAUACUAAAAGAUACCAGUAAACAUGCCAAAUCACUCCGAACUUGUAGCAACCCUGCGAAACUCUUACUCCAGUGGGGUUACGAAAAAUGUUACCUUUCGUCUUAAUCAGUUGAAGGCCCUUCUGCGCCUCUAUGAAGAGAAUGCAUCUCAAAUCGUAGCAGCAGUAGCCCAAGAUUUACGCAAACCCAAAAAUGAAACAUUGUUGUCAGAAGUUGAUUAUUUGAAGAAUGACGUACUCAACAUGAUUUAUAAUUUGUCAUCGUGGACGGAACCUGAAAAACCAGAAAAAACUCUCAUUAAUAUGAUGGACGAAGUGCUUCUACUCAGCGAACCUUACGGUGUUGUACUCAUCAUCGGAGCUUGGAAUUAUCCGAUACAACUAGUUUUUGCGCCACUUUCUGGAGCUAUAGCAGCCGGAAACUGUGCAAUUAUCAAACCUUCAGAAAUAUCACCCGCUAGUUCUAAGCUGAUAGCCGAACUUGUACCCAAAUACUUGGACAACGAUUGCUACAAAGUGGUUGAAGGCGGAGUUGCUGAGACAACGGCACUUUUAAAUUUGCGCUUCGAUUAUAUUUUCUACACGGGGUCUACUCAUGUUGGAAAGAUCAUCAGUGAAGCUGCCGCUAAACAUUUGACACCUAUUACUUUGGAACUUGGUGGCAAAAGUCCAGCUUAUGUGGAUGAUUCAGUUGACAUUGAAAUAGCUGCUAACAGAGUCUUGUGGGGCAAAUGCGUCAAUGCUGGUCAAACUUGCAUUGCUCCUGACUACUUACUCUGUACCAAAAGUGUCCAAGAGAAAUUUAUAGAAGCAGCCAAAAAAACGUUGUCACAGUUUUACGGGGAAAAAAUUAAACAGUCACCGGACUUUGCAAGAAUUGUAAGUGAUGGCCAUUUCAAACGUGUUAUGAAAUUAAUGGACGGGACCAAAAUCGCCUACGGUGGAGACCACGAUUCUGAAGAACGUUAUAUCCAGCCCACUAUUGUCGUCGAUGUUAAACCAACAGAUCUAAUUAUGCAAGAAGAAAUAUUCGGUCCUAUUCUGCCCAUUGUUAAUGUGGAUAGCGCAGUUGACGCUAUUAACUUUAUCAAUGCCAGAGAAAAGCCUUUGGCACUUUACGUUUUUUCAAAUAAGAAGUCUGACGUAAAUUUGUUCCUUAAAAAUACGUCCAGUGGGGGAGUUUGCGUUAACGACACCGUAAUGCAUUUUGCCUGUGAAAGUUUGCCUUUUGGGGGUGUAGGGAAUAGUGGUAUGGGGGCUUACCACGGCAAGUUUAGUUUUGAUACAUUUUCACAUAAGAAGGGUGUGUUGGUCAAAAAUACAAAGAAAUUUGGAGAAAAAAUGCAAAAUGCCCGAUAUCCUCCAUAUAAUGAAAGUAAAGCUAAAUUUCUUAGUACAGUGACAAAGAAGAGACCAACUAUUCCACUCAAAUAUCUUUGGCAAUUUAUUACUUUUGGUUUUGGAGUUUUAGCUACAGUAGGAGUAAAGUAUGCGUGCCAGUAUUUAGAUUAUAAGAACAAACAUUAAUUUUCCUCGUUGGAAUGUUGAUUAAUGUUUACAUAUUUUGUGAUACGUGAGUAAAAGCAAAAUCAAAAUAAUAUUGUUAACGAUAUGGUUGUACUGCUUCUCUUGUAUUCUUGUUUUGUUAUAAUGCAUUGUAAUAUUUUAAUAAAGUUUUUGCAAAUGAA